CUUCGGCGGCCAACAUGGCGCAGCUGCUGGUCCAGGGCCUGGCCAGCAAGGACCGCACCAUGCUGCGGACGGUGCUGCAAACCGAGGAGGCCGACGUGAUCCGCACCACGGUGCAGGCACUGCCCGUGGACGCCGUGCUGCCGCUCAUCGACAGACUCGGCUACAUGCUGCGCUUCGCCGACCAGAGUUUCUCCGGCCUCAAGUGGCUGCGGGCGGUGAUGGAGCGACACUCGUCCUUCCUGCUGACCCAGAGUGACCUGGACUCGCUGCUGGCGCCCGUCUACAGCAGCGUACAGGUACGGCUGCGCUCCUACCCGCGCCUGCUGCAGCUGCGCGGCCGGCUACAGCUGAUCGCCGGCCAGAUGGCGGCGCGGCAGCGGCAGGCGGCCGAGCGGGCCGGCGCGGCCGCCGACCAGCCGCCGCUGCUCGCCUACCAGGACGACUCGUCGGACGACGACGGUGACCUGCUCGGUCUGCCGGCGCACUCGCCGGGAGACCUGUCGGACAUGUCCGAGGACGACCACCCGAUGGAGGACGAGGACGCGUCGGAGGACGGCUCCGAGCCGGAGGACGGCGAAGAGCCCGACUCGGACGACAGCGACGAGGACGAGGACGAGGACGAGCUGAUGAACGGGGACUGAACGGCGUCGCGCGUGCAGCGACGGUUGAGAAACAGCCUGGUGCCGGGGCCCUGGGGGUCCAGCCAGACCGACGCACCGCCGGCCGACAGGGACGACAUCUGUUGACGUUUUGUGUAAUUAACGGGAGAUGAGAUAUUUUUAUCGGCUGGUGCUGUGUGCCACUGGUGACCUUUCGAUGCCUUUUAGCGGUGCACAUGUGUGACGGAUGUCGCUCCUUCAGCUGCCGCCGAGUGUGUUAACGUGGUUACAUCUGCAGAGCAUGCUUUAGGGCGAAUACAUGGUCAUGACGCAUCAUCGCGAA